AAAAAACCCCGCCAGUGGCUCACGCCUCCUGCAUACGGGAUGAGGUGAGCAGCGCCGCUGCUGAGAGGGGGCGCGCGCGGGUGUGAGCGUGUGUCCGUGUGCGAGUGUGUGUGCGCCGGGCGGGCGGGCGGGCACUGCAGCUCCUUCCUCUGUGGAGCGGAGAGCGAGCGAGCUAGCGAGCGAGAGAGCUAGAGCGAGCCAGAGAGCGGCGAAGGCGGGCAGAGGGGCGCGAGCGAAGCGGCGCAGCCAUCCCCGGCCCGGCGCCGCGCCGCCACCAUGCUAAACAACCUGACGGACUGCGAGGACGGCGACGGGGGAGCCAACCCGGGUGAUGGCAACCCCAAGGAAAGCAGCCCCUUCAUCAACAGCACUGACACGGAGAGGGGCAAGGAGUAUGACGGCAAGAACAUGGCCCUGUUUGAGGAGGAGAUGGACACCAGCCCCAUGGUGUCCUCCCUGCUCAGUGGCCUGGCCAACUACACCAACCUGCCCCAGGGAAGCAGGGAGCACGAGGAGGCAGAAAACAACGAGGGCGGGAAAAAGAAGCCGGUGCAGGCCCCGCGCAUGGGCACCUUUAUGGGUGUGUACCUCCCGUGUCUGCAGAACAUCUUUGGCGUCAUCCUCUUCCUGAGACUCACUUGGGUGGUGGGCAUAGCGGGCAUCAUGGAGUCCUUCUGCAUGGUCUUCAUCUGCUGCUCCUGUACGAUGCUCACGGCCAUCUCCAUGAGUGCCAUUGCAACCAAUGGUGUUGUGCCUGCUGGUGGCUCCUACUACAUGAUUUCCAGGUCUCUGGGCCCAGAGUUUGGGGGCGCCGUGGGCCUCUGCUUCUACCUCGGCACUACCUUUGCUGGGGCCAUGUACAUCCUGGGCACCAUUGAGAUCCUGCUGGCGUACCUCUUCCCGGCCAUGGCCAUCUUCAAGGCAGAGGAUGCCAGCGGAGAGGCGGCGGCCAUGCUGAACAACAUGCGUGUCUACGGCACCUGCGUGCUCACCUGCAUGGCCACUGUGGUGUUUGUGGGCGUCAAGUAUGUCAACAAGUUCGCCCUGGUCUUCCUGGGCUGUGUCAUCCUGUCCAUCCUGGCCAUCUACGCCGGGGUCAUCAAGUCUGCCUUCGACCCACCCAACUUUCCGAUCUGCCUCCUGGGGAACCGCACGCUGUCGCGCCAUGGCUUUGAUGUCUGUGCCAAGCUGGCCUGGGAAGGAAAUGAGACGGUGACCACGCGGCUCUGGGGCCUGUUUUGCUCUUCACGUUUUCUCAACGCUACCUGUGAUGAGUACUUCACCCGAAACAAUGUCACGGAGAUCCAGGGCAUUCCUGGCGCUGCCAGCGGCCUCAUCAAAGAGAACCUGUGGAGCUCCUACCUCACCAAGGGGGUGAUUGUGGAGAAGCGUGGGAUGCCCUCGGUGGGCCUGGCGGAUGGCACUCCCGUCGACAUGGACCACCCCUACGUCUUCAGUGAUAUGACCUCCUACUUCACCCUGCUGGUCGGCAUCUACUUCCCGUCAGUCACAGGGAUCAUGGCGGGCUCCAACCGCUCUGGGGACCUGCGGGAUGCCCAGAAGUCCAUCCCCACGGGCACCAUCCUGGCCAUCGCCACCACCUCUGCGGUCUACAUCAGCUCUGUCGUCCUGUUUGGGGCCUGCAUCGAGGGGGUCGUCCUGCGGGACAAGUUUGGUGAAGCUGUGAAUGGAAACCUGGUGGUGGGCACACUGGCCUGGCCAUCUCCCUGGGUCAUUGUCAUCGGCUCCUUCUUCUCCACCUGUGGGGCUGGGCUUCAGAGCCUCACGGGGGCCCCACGCCUGUUACAGGCCAUCUCCCGGGAUGGCAUUGUGCCCUUCCUGCAGGUCUUUGGCCAUGGCAAAGCCAACGGAGAGCCGACGUGGGCACUGCUGCUGACGGCCUGCAUCUGCGAGAUCGGCAUCCUCAUUGCCUCCCUCGACGAGGUGGCCCCCAUCCUGUCCAUGUUCUUCCUGAUGUGCUACAUGUUCGUGAACCUGGCCUGUGCCGUGCAGACGCUGCUGAGGACGCCCAACUGGAGGCCGCGCUUUCGAUACUACCACUGGACCCUCUCCUUCCUGGGCAUGAGCCUCUGCCUGGCCCUCAUGUUCAUCUGCUCCUGGUAUUACGCGCUGGUGGCCAUGCUCAUUGCGGGGCUCAUCUACAAGUACAUCGAGUACCGCGGGGCAGAGAAGGAAUGGGGCGAUGGGAUCCGGGGCCUGUCCCUCAGCGCCGCUCGCUAUGCCCUCUUGCGCCUGGAGGAAGGGCCCCCGCACACCAAGAACUGGAGGCCUCAGCUGCUGGUGCUGGUGCGCGUGGACCAGGACCAGAAUGUGGUGCACCCCCAGCUGCUCUCCCUGACCUCUCAGCUCAAGGCAGGGAAGGGCCUGACCAUCGUGGGCUCAGUCCUGGAGGGCACCUUUCUGGACAACCAUCCUCAGGCCCAGCGGGCAGAGGAGUCUAUCCGGCGCCUGAUGGAGGCAGAGAAGGUGAAAGGCUUCUGCCAGGUGGUGAUCUCCUCCAACCUGCGAGACGGCGUGUCCCACCUGAUUCAGUCCGGGGGCCUCGGGGGUCUGCAGCACAACACGGUGCUCGUGGGCUGGCCCCGCAACUGGAGGCAGAAGGAGGACCAUCAGACGUGGCGGAACUUCAUUGAACUGGUCCGGGAAACCACAGCUGGCCAUCUGGCCCUGCUGGUCACCAAGAACGUGUCCAUGUUCCCUGGGAACCCCGAGCGCUUCUCCGAGGGCAGCAUCGACGUCUGGUGGAUCGUGCACGACGGCGGCAUGCUCAUGCUGCUGCCCUUCCUGCUGCGCCACCACAAGGUCUGGCGGAAGUGCAAGAUGCGAAUCUUCACUGUGGCCCAGAUGGACGACAACAGCAUCCAGAUGAAGAAGGACCUGACCACGUUUCUGUACCAUUUGCGCAUCACGGCGGAGGUGGAGGUGGUGGAGAUGCACGAGAGCGACAUCUCCGCCUACACCUACGAGAAGACCCUGGUGAUGGAGCAGCGCUCCCAGAUCCUCAAGCAGAUGCACCUGACCAAGAACGAGCGCGAGCGGGAGAUUCAGAGUAUCACAGAUGAGUCUCGAGGCUCCAUCCGGAGAAAGAAUCCAGCCAACACUCGGCUUCGCCUCAAUGUCCCGGAAGAGACGGCUGGUGACAGCGAGGAGAAGCCCGAGGAGGAGGUGCAGCUGAUCCACGACCAGAGUGCUCCCAUCUGCCCCAGCAGCUCCCCGUCCCCAGGGGAGGAGCCUGAGGGUGAGGGUGAGACAGACCCCGAGAAGGUGCAUCUCACCUGGACCAAGGACAAGUCCGUGGCAGAGAAGAAUAAGGGCCCCAGUCCCGUCUCCUCGGAGGGCAUCAAGGACUUCUUCAGCAUGAAGCCGGAGUGGGAGAACUUGAACCAGUCCAACGUGCGGCGCAUGCACACGGCCGUGCGGCUGAACGAGGUCAUCGUGAAGAAAUCCCGGGACGCCAAGCUCGUUUUGCUCAACAUGCCCGGGCCUCCCCGCAACCGCAACGGUGACGAAAACUACAUGGAGUUCCUCGAGGUCCUCACAGAACACCUGGAUCGGGUGAUGCUGGUCCGCGGCGGCGGCCGCGAGGUCAUCACCAUCUACUCCUGAGGGCCAGGACCUGCCACCCGGGCCCCAGCGCGCCCGGCCGCGGCCCCGGAGCCCUCGCCGCGCCCCCCGCCGCUGUCACCGUUUACAUACAGACCCUGUGCCCGUGCCCUGGCCCCUUUCCCCGCUGCCUGAAGCCUGGAGGCCACGCCCGUCGGGGCUGACUCGGAGAGGGCGCCCGAGCGCCCUGUCGUCCCGGCUGCGCUGCCCUUUUCUAAGCGCGGCCUCGCCGGGCCGGAGAGACGCUGCAAUAAGGGUCGGGAGCAGGUGCGGAAAGCAGAGGACUGGGGCCCGGAGGACCCCCGGCAUCCACGCGGCCCCUUCCCCUUCCCACGCCCGCCGCGGUCCUGGCGCUGCGCUCCUCCGCGCUGCGGCUCGCUCCCAGCGGCCCCGAGGCGCCGCUGGGCAGUCGGCGCCCCAAGUCCCCACCGCCCUCCCCGCCCAGCCAGCCCGGGGCGCGGGGCGCGGGCGCGGGGCGCGGGCGGCCGAGCCUAUACAUAGUGUACAGGAGACAUCGCGUGUAUUUUUAAAGUCCCCAUAUUUAUGUAACUAGAAGCGCAACGGACUCCUCGCCACGGUCCAGCCCUCCCGCUGGGGCGCCGGGGAGGCGGAGGCCUGGGAAGCCGAGUUUUCCUUGACGUUCGAGAGUUUGAGAGCGAAAGUGCUUUAGGCCCAGGCGGGGGUCGUGGUCCUGGUCCUGGUCCCUCGACACCCUCGCUCCGUCCGCUCUCGCCUCCUCGUCCUUUGCGCGCGCCCUUGGCUCCCUUCCCUUCCCUCUAGUUCUUUUCGGAGACGAAGUGAGACGCGGCUGCUUCCCGUGGACUCGCCUCCCAGCGGAUGGGAGCCUCCACUGUGGCUGCAGAGGCGCGUGCACAGCCUCCUCUCUUCGGCUCUUAUGCAAGUUGGGGCCAGGAUAGGGGAGGGGCGCUCUUCGGAGGGAGAAACCCAGAGAGGCCCGCGCCCCACCGAGGAAGCCCCGCCCCGGUGCCUUCGCUGGGGAGCAGGCGUCUCUCCUCAGUUGGCUUGUCGCCUGCUCCCCCAUCCCAUGGCUCCUCGCCAAAGACUGAAAUCGUGGAGCUGGAGGGCGCACCCCCAGAGUUUCCUCCCUGGGUCAGUUGAGGGAGGAGGGGGCAAUUCUGGUUUAGGGGUCAGACCCCCUGGGAGGCCCCAGCACCGCCCCUGAUGUUCCCUCCCCUGUCCCAAUCCGCAGCUCCGGUCUUGGGUUUCCGCCGCCUACUCCGUGUUCUGAGGCCAGGCCUCUCUGCCUAGCAGCGCCUCUAGUACAUCCCCCAGGCAUCUGGGGUCACAUGAGCUUAGAGGUUAGCACCUCCCUAUCCUCUAACUAGGACCCAAGGCCUUUGGCUUCCUCGGGCUGACUCCAGUCCUUGUCGCUUCUCCCCAUCAGCCGGGUCGGUCGGAGGCGCACUCUGCCCAUAGGGAAAGCGUUUGGGCUGUUUCCUUCCCCCAGGGCACUAAGGGGGACAGGCACUGCAUGCUCGUUCCAGCGCCCUCUGGGACUGGGUACAGCAUCUCCAGCCCCAGGGCCCUGAACUGCACACCUAGUUAGACAUCCUGCCCAUCUCCCUGAGCUGGGGCCACUGGGUACUCCUGACCUCAUCACCUCCUUUCCUUUGAGCCCAAGGCAGAGAGCUGCAGCUGGUGCCAUCUAGACAGGGUCAGGUGAGGUUGGGGAUAGGUCUGGCGGUCUGCCGGUUAAAUUUAAUCGGGGACUAGAUAGAUUCUUCCAAGAACUAGUCAGAAAGUUGGAAUUAUUUAGACACCAGCCCCCUGCAUCUUCCAAAAGCCCUCCCUCUGAGAACCACGGGUCCUGCUUUCUGGGGGCCUGAGCAUUUUGGUUUAAAGUGGUGGGGCUGGGCGGUGGUGGUGGUCAACACCAAUUAGGGAACCAAAGUUGCACUAUCUGGGCCCAGACCGUCUGGUUGGCAAGAGCAAAGUUUCCGUUGAUGAAACAAACAUCCCACAACAAAAACCCAAGUUUUCUGUGCUACAUGUGCAAUAUUUGUUAUGAAUGUUAUCACGUCAUUCAUCAAAUUAUCUUUAUAAUCACUGUAGCUAGAUGUUUCAUGUCCAUUCAAGUGACUUUUAUUCUGAGUGCAAUAUUUCAAUAGCCUUGUAGUGAUUAACUAGUGUUGCUUUUGUUUUAGAAGAUCUAUGUGCAGGGCAAUGCAAUGAAGUUGAAAACCUUGUAAAUAGGAGAGGUUGCAAACCAAAUCCAGAGUAUUUAUUACUAUUAUUACUAUUAUUACUAGGCCUGCCUUUAAUUUUCAGUGUUUCAGUAUUCCGCAUCCUGCCUCAGUAUUGACCUUGUGUUCUUCGUGCCAAUAUGAAAAGGAGAGGCUUCGUUCUUUCCUUUAUUGUUGAAUGCUCCCAUUUAAUGCUUUAAGGCUUUUACUGUAUUAAUUUUUUAGACUCUCGUCUGCACAAAAUGCAAUAAAAAUAAUUUUAUGAUA